CCUCCUGGCCGGGCGCGGGCAUCCUCCGUACCCUGGGAGCGCUGUGCGGGGCUCCGAGCACGCCCCGCAGCCCCGCUCCUGCUCGGGAAAGGAAAAGUUUUUUUCUGAAAGCUGCCAGCCAUUGAACUUGCAUGGAUUUGGAAGUUAGAGGAGUUGCUGCAUCCCCUCAAAAGAAGAUUGAAUUGUCAUUGAGGGGGAAGAAAUGUCAGAGUUGGAGACCAAAUAGACAGGCUACACACAGUCCUCGCCCACCAGAGGUGCCAUGCCUAGAUCUAGGGAGGCUGGGAGAUUCUGAUGAAGAGGACGGGGACUCUUACAUACCGUACACUGGAAGGUCUUCUCAUAGGUGCCAGCUAGAUUCAUCUUCAGGGUGGAGAACGUCAUUACAGACUCCAUAUGCACAGCAUCAACAUGUCAGUCUGUCACUACAAAUAUCUUCAUAAUAUACCCCUUUAGCAGUAAUUUAGAAAAGCAUGCAUAUAUUUUCUUUUUAUGUAAGUUCUUUUGGUUAAGCUCAUAUCUCCAGGUGCUGUUGGUCCAAAAUAUUUUUAGCAAAGUUUUUUUACUGAGAUUCUUUAGAAUAUUUAGAAAAAAAUAUUUUAUUACAUAGCUUAGC